GGCAUCAAGUUCGAGAACGUAGACCACAAGAUGAAGUUCCGCUCGAAGAAGGGCAACUUGCCGUUCGUCGAGCUGAACGGCGAGGAGAUCGCCGACAAAAGCGAGCUGGGACAGAAGUUCGGCAAGGACAUCGACGCAUGUCUGAGCACCGAGCAGAAGUCCAUAUCUCACGCGACGAUAUCGAUGAUCGAGAACCACCUGGUCUGGAUGGUCGCGUGUUGGCGCACCAAGAACCUCGACCUCAUACUCAAGGGCUACAAGGUCAAUCUCCAGCACACCCUUGGCACUCGCAUCCCGAACAGCAUCCUAAACUUCUUCUUCAAGUUCACUUUUGGACGCAAGGGUGCCAAGAAGGUCAAGGCCCAGGGCAUGGGCGUGCACACGCCCGAGGAGGUGCUUCAGUUCGGCUGCGACGACCUCAAGGUGCUCUGCGACAUGCUCGCCGACAAGCCGUUCUUCUUCGGCGACGAGCCAACUAUGCUGGACGUUGUCGCGUUCGCCAACCUUGCGCAGAUCUUGUACAUCGACAAGGAGGUGUCGUUCGCUCUCCGCGAUUAUAUGCAAGAUAAUUGCGCAAACUUGGUCGGCCACUGCUCCAGGAUGAAGGAACGUUGCUUCCCCGACUGGGAAGAGAUUUGCUCGACCCUCGACAUGAACACGCAUCUGCCGAAACCCGAGAAGACAGAAGAGAAGGAAGGCAAGGAAGAUGCUAAAGAGACCAAGGAGUCCAAGGAAGAAAAAGAAGGUGAUAAGGAAAAAGCCGACAAGGAAGAAAAAGACGUCGAGAAGGACAAGGAAGUCGACGAGAACAAGGAGAAAGAAAAGGAAGGAAAAUAAGUUGAUCAACGCUAGACCGAGAUUCACUUGGUCCAACUAUUGUGUAUCGGAGGAGAGAGAGAUUUUUAAUGAGACAGAUUAUGAGGAGAGAGAAAGAGAGAGAGAGCGAAAAUUUAUAUUUAGUGUAUGUUGUGGACUAUUUUAUAUACUCGAUGCUUUCUAAUUAAUCUUAAGAUCGAGAGGAGGGGCUCGAUAAAAACAUGUAUGUGUGUUUUAUUUUUUUUUUUCUCCUUUUUUUAUG